AUGUUUACUAGCCUGGACGCCCAGGCGAACGCCUAUGAGUUGGUACGGCGGUCCGCCCGCACGCUGGUUUCGCUUACCUUCCUGAUGUCGUCAUAUACGGCCCUGCGGAGAGUCCUAUACGGCACCAAGUCUUUGCCCAUAGUGUUCCCGCAGCUGCAGAAAUUGUGCGGCACAUUGGAAAACGGCAGGUGGUUUGCGAUCCCUUUAGGCACAUUCCCCAGGCUGCAAAUGCUCUGCGAUAAAUUGCAUUCUGCGUGGCAGCAGCGGGCCGGCGGCACAGCACAUGCACUGGCCAGCCUGGUGAUGCAGAUUGAGCUGCCUGAAUUGACCACGCUGGCAACGCAUACCGCGGCGGGCAUGGAUCUGGUGCCGGCGAAUGUACCGAAUCUUAGGUCGGCUGAAUACUCGAUCCAGCCGUUUUCGGCCGAGCGGCUGCGCGAUGAGGCUGUGUCGGCACAGCUCCACAGGUUGUUGCUACUGCCGCAUCUGCACAGACUGCUUCUGCACGACCAGAUCCCGACCGUGUCGGUGCGUACCGACCAAGUGGAUCUGUGGCAUUACGAGUUGCGGUAUUUGAAUGUAGGGUUGAUCACAGUGUCGUUUGGCGACCAGGCUCUAAGCAACACCUUGCAUACUUUGGCAAUGUACGUGAUCCGCAACAAAACUCUGAUCAUCGACCGGCGGCCAUCGGAGGUCAUCCUGGCACGGCUGCCGCAGCUUGCGCUGGUGCAGGUCCAGGCUGACAGCCUGGCAGUCGAUGGGUACUUGCGCGGGCUCGGGCAGCAGCUACGAUUUCCGUGGUCGCAGGAUGUGGCCGAACGCGUGUCCGUGGUGGAAACAGAUCUGUUUGAGCGGGCGACAUGA